CUUCCCCGCACGCACGCCGCCAGUCGCAUCGCAUCGACCCCAUCGCUCGCUCCCCUCCGCGCCGGCGGCGCCGCCCGCUCCCCGUGUUCCCUCGCGUGCUCCCCUCACACCCGCGCCGCCAUCCCUCCCUCCCUCCCUCCCAUCGCCGCCGCUCCUCCGUCGCCCGCCGUGGGGAGAAAAGUCGGGGGCGGGGCGGGGCGAGGAAGUCGGGGAUCCGAGGCGGGGAGUGUUACCACCACCGCUACAUCCGGACCAGCGCCCGAGCAGCCGCAGUCCGCAGACGCCACCAGGCAAACCCCAAUCCCCAUCAUCCCCAACCCCUCCGCCGCCGCCGCAACCGAAGCACCCCGGCGGCCUCGAUCUCCUCGGAAGCUUCCAACCGAGCCUAGAUGAAUCCGGGCUAGCACUUCUCGGCUCUCGGCCGGAGAUUCUUGCGCUGGCAAUCUAGCGAAAUUUCACUAGGGUUCAUUGGACGCUGCAGGUGCGCAGGGGCCAGGGCCAUCAGUUGCUUGAUUUGUUGUGUUAUUAAGAGACCAGAAGUGGUGGUGAUACCAGCGUGGCUUUCGGGAUAUGUACCGUGGCGGGCUUGACCGCUUCAAGAAGGCUCAGGCCUUGGAGCCAUUCUCCGUUCAAUCCGGUUCGGCGGCCAAGAAUGUACCUGCAGCGGCGAGAACAGCUAAAGGACCGCCGGCUCCAUUGACACUGCCACAGAAUUCACAUGUUGGAACCAGCCAGAGUCACCUGAGUCCGCAAGGUGCCAGUUUGAGGGUGGCCGGGCAAGAGACCGGGGCGCCGGGGCAUGCUGGGACCCAGGUCGGUGGUGGGCAAUCAGCGUGGCAGCCACCUGACUGGGCGAUAGAGCCGCGCCCUGGGGUUUACUAUCUUGAGGUGUUGAAGGAUGGGGAUGUCAUUGAUCGGAUCAAUCUGGAGAAGAAGAGGCAUAUAUUUGGGAGGCAGGUACCUGCAUGUGAUUUCGUGUUGGACCAUCAGUCUGUAUCGCGGCAGCAUGCUGCUGUUGUUCCACACAGAAAUGGAAGCAUAUAUGUUAUUGAUUUAGGAUCAGUUCAUGGCACAUUUGUUGCAAAUGAGAGACUAACUAAAGACAACCCUGUUGAACUUGAAGUUGGUCAGUCACUUCGCUUUGCUGCAUCAACCAGAACCUAUAUCCUACGAAAGAAUAGCGCUGCCUUUUUCCCAACUCAUAGUCUUCCAUCAGAUGUCAGUCUGCCAUCUCCACCAGACCCCAAUGAUGAAGAUGCUGUGGUCGCAUACAACACAAUACUUAACCGCUAUGGUAUUAGUAAAUCAGACUUAUCCAGAUCAAAAGAUUCUUCGGGAGAUGCCUCUGGUGCAAAUGAUGAUAACGAGCCAGCUGGAAGGCCCUUGAAGAGAAGUAAAAAACUAAGAGUAUCAUUUAGAGAUCAAGUUGGAGGAGAACUUAUUCAAGUGGUUGGGAUUUCAGAUGGCGCAGAUGUUGAAACUGAACCAGGUCCAGUAGGGGUGAAGGAAGGCAGUCUUGUUGGGAAAUAUGAAUCCCUUGUACAGGUUACUGUCAUUCCAAAAGGAAAGGAGCAACCUUCACCAAAGGAAAGUGCAUCCCCCAGUGGGGUAACAGAUAAGCUAAAACAGGUUCUUACCAAAGUUAAAAGCACAGCAAAAGGUGGAAUUUAUGAUGAUCUUUAUGGGGAUACUGUUCCACAACUAUUGGGCCCAUCUUGGGCAUACAGGUCGGAUGACCAGGCAGAAAAAGUCAAAGCUGCUGAUGAAAAGAAGUCUAGUGGGAAUAUGGAUACAAAUUCAGCUGAUGAUAAUGAUGACUUGUUUGGUGACUUGUGACUGUUGGCGUUUUCAAUUAGUACAGAGAAAUGGAUCUCCUGAAAAUGCUUAAGAGCAGAAGUAUUUUGUUCUGUCGGGGGUAUUUUGCUUUGUUCUGCAUGAUUGUAUCCUGCUGCAAAUUAAGGUAAUCUCUUUUGCCUAAUGUUUAGGGCAUGCAUUUUUAUGACGGUGUUCACAGUGAUUGGUGAGUUUAAUUGCUUUCUUCACCAUGUCCUCUUGUGGUGAUUUUUUCCCUUACCCAGUCUAGCUUUCCAAAAUUUAUGAAUUAUAUUUCAUAUUUUAAUCGUUUGCUUUUUCAAAUGUUCUGAACUUUCCUGUGGUAAAAUUCUAACUGUACAUCAUCUGUGAUGUUUUGUGAUUCAAUCGCUUGGUAAUGGAAGUAAAAAAAAAAAAACUAUGUGAGCUUAGCGGCCUGAAAUGUUGAAUUAAGGUUUUGUUGUUCUGUCCAAUCAGAUUUGGAAAAUUAUUUUAUAUGUGAGUAUUCAUGUGGCAUGGUAUGGUAUUGUAACUUGGGUCUAUCAUUCACUUGUAUAACCACCAAUAGCAUCCACUAUGUCUAGCUAGUGGUUUUAUAGAUAGCAAUUACGUGUAUUCUGGGCUUCCUUUAGCUAUUUCUAUCAUAGUACAUAUAUAAUCUGUUAAUAUGCCCUUGUAAACAUGGAGGUAUUGCCAUCCUUUUCAUUAAUUGAAGAAUGAAUAUAGAAGUAUGUACUAUGUAGUCCACUCCCCUUAAUUCCUUAAAGACACAUGGUCACUCACUUCAAUUCAUCACCAAUAUACCAUAUCCAUUUUUUGUUGAAUGGGCUUUAUUGAUGUAAGUUAGUAGGUUGCAGGCUAGUUAAUAUGCAGAUAAAUCAUUCAUAGUAUUGUAACAUCCAGUCCUUGUGCACUAUUACUAUUCAAACUGCAGUUUAUUGCUAGGUGCAGUCAUAGUAGACGUUAUUUGCAAGCAGCUCCAGGUAAUGAUAUGAAAAAUGACUUCAACUGUUAUGUGACAUGAAGCCCAUCAGGGCUCAUCAUGUAGCACAUGGCUUUUGAAACACUUUAGUUAGUUGAUACUUAGUGGAUCAAUUGUUUUGUUAUAAGAUAAGUAGUUUUUAUUAGAGCGCAACAUAUUUUUGGAUGGUUUAAUUUGACGUAUCUCUAGAUCUAAUCUGUUAGCAGUUCUUUAUAAAUAGAUAAAUAAGGAGGUGUUAUAUUUUCCAAGCAAGCAUGUAUAAUGAAUUAGUCUUUUUGUUUUCUCUCCUAAAAGUUCAUCGCCAACUCUAUGUUUUCAUCUCUCCUAAGAUCCAUCCCCUUUUAAGUUAUCAUCCAGACUUCUGCACAAUAUUUAUCCUAUUGUGAACUAAGGUUCAUUAUACCUGUUCUAAGAAGCAUCCCUGGGGUCUGUUGUUGGGAGGGGGAGCCUAACGUAAAUUACCGAUAAAAUGUUAAGAAACGAUUAAGUUCAUUAUGGGUUGCAGAAGUGAAGAUUUUCAUUGUCAUGAAAUCAUGUAGGUGAGGAAAGAUUCCCUUUGUCUGGUGGUGGGGUGGGAGCGUAACCUAGAGUUUAGUUGAAUGUUAAAAAUGGUUGUCGAUGACCGUGAUUGUCUGCAUUAAAAUUCAAGAGCUUAACUGAAUUGUUCAAUCAUGUUUAUCAGUCCAUGCAAAUUAUGUAGCUAGCUAAGCUAGGAGUGCAUUAUCUGAUUUUAUGUUUACUUGGACAUGGUAAAUUUGAAACUACUAUAAACAUGAUCAUUUCAAUUAUUGAUACGAACAAACAUUUCAAUAAUUGAUUUGAAUGAUGAGUCAUGACAGAUGAAUGGCUGAUAAAAUCGUUCUGGUUUUGAGACACUUGUAACGCAAAAAACCAGGUAUUACAAUUUGUUUCAAGGAACCCUAGGUUUUGGGCCAAAAUGUUUCAAGAAAGUUUAUGUCAAAUACUCAUAUUGUUAGUAUGUGUUCACAUUAGUAGGCUCAAAAUACAUCACUCACAUGCAAUUUAUCUUCCUCCUUACUCUUGCAU